AUGGAAAUCAGAAGAGAUGAUGAGAUUGAGGACAUGUCUAAGCAGAUUGCAGCAAGCAAUGGGUUUGGUCACAGCAUUGAGUUCAUGUCUCAAGCUUAUCUUAGGAAUAGGUACUCUGAGAUUGACAUUGAAGAUCACACUUCUAACCAAACCAAAGAUCGCCCUAUUCCCGUUUUUCUCAAGUUUGAAGAUGUGAAGUACAAGGUGAAAAACAAGCAAUCAUCAACCUCUAAUCCAGUGAAAGCAGUAGUAUCAAAAGUGUCCUCACAACUCAACAUGGAUCAAGAUAAUUAUAAGCACAUCUUGAAAGGCAUAACAGGAAGCAUUGGCCCUGGUGAGAUUCUUGCUUUGAUGGGGCCCUCAGGGAGUGGAAAAACAACCUUGUUGAAAGUCAUUGGAGGAAGAUUACUUGAAAAUGUUAAAGGGAAAAUAACUUAUAAUGACAUACCAUAUAAUCAAGCUCUUAAGAGAAGGAUUGGAUUUGUAACACAAGACGAUGUGCUCUUUCCGCAGCUAACGGUGGAGGAAACUCUAGUAUUCUCUGCAUUUUUGCGGUUACCGAGCAAUAUGAGCCAACAAGAGAAGUAUGGAAGAGUUGAGAUGAUUAUAAAGGAGCUUAACCUUGAAAGAUGUCGUCACACAAGAAUAGGUGGAGGAUUUGUGAAAGGAGUGUCGGGAGGAGAAAGGAAGAGAACAAGUAUUGGUUACGAAAUUCUUGUGGAUCCUUCAUUGUUGUUACUUGAUGAGCCAACUUCAGGCCUCGAUUCGACCUCUGCGAAUAGGCUUCUCGCCAUACUUCGAGGCCUUGCGAAGGCAGGAAGGACAAUAAUCACAACAAUCCACCAGCCAUCAAGCAGAAUGUUUCAAAUGUUUGAUAAACUCUUGCUUAUAUCAGAAGGUUACCCUGUUUACUAUGGAAAAGCUAGAGAAUCAAUGGAUUACUUUUCAUCAUUGAGAUUUGUCCCUGAAAUUCCAAUGAACCCUGCUGAGUUCUUGCUUGAUUUAGCCACUGGUCAGGUGAAUGACAUCAGUGUCCCUUCAGAUUUCUCAACCCCACGGGGCGCGCCAGAGUUCGAGAAGGCUGUCAUCAAAUAUCUACAACACAAAUACAAAACUCAAGUGGAGCCAAUGGAGAAGCAAGAGAAUCAUCAAACAACAAAGGCCUCAGAACAACUCCAAGCAGCCAUUCAAGUCAAGAAAGAUUGGACAUUGUCAUGGUGGGAUCAGUUUCUGAUUUUGUGUAAGAGGACAUUCAGAGAAAGGUGUAGGGAUUACUUUGAUAAGCUAAGAUUAGUUCAAGCCAUUGGAGUUGCUGUUUUGUUGGGCCUCCUUUGGUGGAAAUCAAAGACUGAUACUGAGGCACACCUUAGAGAUCAGGUUGGUUUGAUGUUCUACACUUGCAUUUUCUGGACAUCUUCAUCGAUUUUCGGUGCAGUUUAUGUCUUUCCAUUUGAAAAGAUCUACUUAGUGAAAGAAAGGAAAGCAGACAUGUAUAGACUGAGUGUAUACUAUGUCUGCAGCACACUGUGUGACAUGGUAGCACAUGUCUGUUACCCUACAUUCUUCAUGAUCAUACUCUACUUCAUGGCGGGUUUCAGAAGAACAGUUCCUUGCUUUUUUCUGACAUUAUUUGCAAUACUAUUAGUAGUUGUCACAAGCCAAGGAGCAGGAGAACUCUUUGGAGCUGCUGUUUUGAGCAUUAAAAGAGCUGGAAUGUUUGCCUCUUUGGUACUAAUGUUGUUUCUCCUUACAGGAGGUUAUUAUGUUCAGCACAUACCAAUAUUUAUGCAGUGGUUGAAGUACUUGUCGUUCAUGUACUAUGGGUUUAGACUACUCCUAAAAGUACAGUACUCUGGAGAACAGUUAUAUGAGUGUGAAAGCAAAGGAGGGUGCAGGCCUUUACAGAGCUCUCCUUCAUUUGACACUGUGAAUCUCAAUGGUGGCUUGCAAGAAGUGUGGAUCUUGCUACUCAUGGCUUUGGCUUAUCGCUUGUGUGCUUACUUCUGUCUUCGUAGGAGAAUUAGUAUAUGA